GGAAAUCCCCUGUACAAUCAGCUAUAUACGUUUGCCCGGCGCCCGGCCGUAUACCGUAGAAUAAGUUUUUGACCGUUUUCUAGGUCAGAGAAGAGAGUAAGUAAUCCGACAUGUCUACUGAGGACGACCCGGAGCCCAUGGAUACUGGGCAGACAACUCAAGAGGCGCCCAAAUCCAAUUUGUCUGUAGUUCUUGAGAUACUAGAAGUUGUACUGGAUAAAUGGUACGAAAUUGGGACAGACCUGAAAGUGGACGCAAGCAUUCUGCACAUUCUCGAUAAAGAAUUUAGGAACGUGAAGACAACGGAGGAAAAGAAUGUGAGGAUUCAGAGGAUUUUGAUUGAGUGGGCGGGUCGUGAGGGUGUGGAGAUGGUGGAGCUCAUGAACGCUGUGAGGGCGUGUGAUGAGGGGGUGGCUGAUCGUCUACAAGUGAUGAAAGACAUACUGCCUGUGGAACUGAUCCAAGCACAGGUCAAAGGUGAACCUGACAAAGGGACAGAGGUCAAAGAAGAAGGCAACAAAGAACAAAGAGGAGAUGGAGAUGAGGUCAACCAAGAAGGGGGUGAAGGCGGCAAAAAAGAGAAAGAAGACGAUGCUGCAAUGGACGUCAAAGUUGAAGGCAACAAAGAAAAAGAUGGCGAUGCUGAAAUGGAGGUCAAAGGUGAAGGCAACAAAGAGAAAGAUGACAAUGAUGCAGUGGACGUCAAAGUUGAAGAUCCUCCAGAUAUUGAGACACAGAGGAAAGAAAUACAGGCGGCUCUGAAACAGCAGCUCAAGAACGGACAAGUCUGGUUUCUUGUGGACAUUCGCUGGAUGAAGCAAUGGAAGAAGUACGUUGGCUACGACAUGUGGGAUCAAUCUUCAGCUGGUAAAGAGUCGUCCAAUCCUGGCCCCAUCGACAACUCGAACCUCUUCAAAGACGAUAGCCUCCGAGAGCACCUGAUGGAUGAGUUGGAUUAUUAUCUGAUUCCAGAGUCGGCCUGGAACAAGUUGUCCAAAUGGUACAACCACAGCUCAGGGUCAAAGGUCAUAUCAAGGAGGGCGGUAGAAUAUGGACUGUACAUGAAGCACUGCAAGGUGGAGGUGUAUCUGUUGGAGUUUAAGAUCUGUAUUCAUCCAAACCUCAACGAUAUCAAGAAGAGGGAGUUCAGUAGAGCAGACACUGUUGCUGACCUGGAGGCUGCCAUACAGGGGGAAUUCCAGAUCCCCUCAGACACAGAGUGUCGUGUAUGGCAUCGCUAUAUGACACACACGUACGAGCUCCUCUCCAAUCCUGACCAAUCACUGCAGGACGCUGGCCUCUACAACGGACAGACCAUUGUGCUGGAGAAAAAGAACGAAGAUGGAUCCUGGCCGCGGGCCACCUCUACCGUUUCCUCGACAACGCAUUCGACACGUUCCUCGGACAAUAUUGGGAGCAGCUCAACACGAUCGGGGGGCAGUAGCUCCUAUGGUUCCUAUGGCAACAGUGGAUCCUAUUGGUCCUCCUACAACAACCAACCAACUGAUCCGGGGCUCUGUGGACUCAGUAACCUUGGCAAUACGUGCUUCAUGAACUCUGCACUCCAGUGUCUCAGUAACACAGCUCCUCUGACGGAGUACUUUCUGGGGACAGAGGCUGGCUACAAACCAUACAAGAAGCACAUCAAUGCAGACAACCCCCUAGGAAUGGGUGGGGCUAUUGCCGAGGCGUAUGGUGCUCUAUUGGAGGAUAUAUGGAGUGGCAAGUGCAGCGUGGCUGCCCCUAGACAGUUCAAGACGAGUGUGGGCCGCUAUGCCCCACAGUUUGUCGGCUAUGCUCAGCACGACUCUCAAGAGCUACUGGCCUUCCUAUUGGACGGGCUACACGAGGACCUCAACCUCAUCAAGAAGAAGCCAUACGUGGACAUGACUGUGGCUACUAAAGGACGAGACGAGAAGGAAAUAGCGGAGGAGACGUGGUACAAGUACCUCCAACGCAAUCAAUCAGUGAUUGUCAAGUUGUUUCAAGCGCAGUUAAGGUCGACACUCAUCUGUCCCAAGUGUACGAACCAUUCUUUGACCUUUGACCCCUUCAUGUUUCUCUCCCUCCCACUACCUGUCAAAAAUACGCGUACUGUGUGCGUGCGUCUGGUGUGCACUAAUCCCACAAGGCCCAUCACUAAGUACAAGCUCAAGAUUCCAAAGAGAGGUACUAUCUGGCAACUAAAGGAGAAGCUUAGUCAGCUGUGUGACAUAGAGGCCAGCCACUUGGCAGUGGUGGACGUGUACAAUGGUCGGUUCCACAGGAUCUAUGCUGACAAAGACCCCCUCACACACAUCAUGGAGAAGGAUGACAUCUUCUGUUACCAACUGGAGAAGGAGAAUAUUGGCAAUAGAAAGAUGGUCCAUGUGCCAGUCUACAUGAGGACAGCAAGUGAUAAGCAGUAUUCGUCCAGCUCCCGCUACUAUACGCUAUUCGGACUCCCCACUGUCGCUUAUGUUCCAGCUGAGUGCACGUACAGGACACUGUACACUGCCAUCGUCAGCAAGAUGGGGAAGUGCGUGAAGCUUUGGUCAGAGGUCAAAGAUGAGGUCAAGGCCAGCACUGACAACAAUCAUGAAGAUAUGGAGAGAGAAGGGAACGAGAAUGGAGAUAAUGAGAAUGGGAAUGGAAAUGGAAAUGGGGAUGAGAAUGGAACAAAGGCUACUGAUAAUGAGUCUUCUGCUGAUCCACCUCCCGAGGUAAUGGACGUGGAGGAGGCAACAAAUAACGAAGAGAAGAGUGAGGAGGUCAACAAAGACAAGGGAGAGAGAGAUCUCUUCCGAUUGAUGGUUGUCAAUAGUUACGGUUCUCAGGAUAUCAAAAAGCUGACGGAUGACCCCAAGAAAACUCUACUGCUCUCAGGGUCCACCUACAUUGCCUGUGACUGGGAGGAGGAAGUCAGGGAAAAGUGCUACAAUGAAGACAUGAGCAAGAAGUAUAAUGAACAUGAGAGUUGCCAUGACGACCCGAUAGCGAAGGGUAAGAAUAUUCAACUGAUGGACUGUUUUGAGCUCUUCACUGUCAAAGAAACACUCGGCAAAGAUGAUGAAUGGUAUUGCCCAGAAUGUAAGGAGCAUGUACAAGCAUCAAAGAAGUUUGACCUUUGGACUCUGCCAGACGUCUUGGUGAUCCACUUGAAGAGAUUUUCAUACGACAAGUACUGGAGAGACAAGCUGGAUGUGUUAGUGGACUUCCCAGUGUCUGGGUUAGACCUAUCGUCUCUUGUCAGGUGUCCUGAUGCUCCAGAGCCAGUCUACGAUCUCUACGCUGUCUCUAACCACUUCGGUGGAAUGGGAGGAGGACACUACACUGCCUAUGCCAAGAACAAGAAUAACAAGAAGUGGUACAACUUUGAUGAUAGUCAUGUCUCAGAAACCACCGAAGAUCGUCUUGUGUCUAGUGCUGCCUAUGUACUGUACUACCGUCGGCGUGACGACCAGAGUCGACCAACCAGACGCAGUAUUCUCGAUCGCUCCCUCAGUCAAUCGUUUGCUGAAGAGGAUCGAGAACUAAAGGAAAAGUAUCAGAAGGAGAAAGAAGAUCAGGAGAGCAAGCGAUCUCGUAAUGAAUCAGAGGUGUUCUCUGAAGCUGACGAGGACAACCAAGCCACACCCUCCAACCAAGCCACAACCUCCACUUCGAUGGACGAGCCAGACUGAUCCUCUAGCUACUCCAGUGACUCUAUGAACUGUCUUGUGUUUAAUACUGUAGACCAAAUUUUAGGACUCUUUAAUAUAUUUAUGACGUAUUAUUAAUCUGUUGUAAGCGUUGUGUACGUUGAUUGUUGUUCCAUUUUGGACAAUAUUUAUGUCAAUCUCGUA